CGUAAACAACUUAACCAAUAACAAGUAAAAAUACUAAUAAAACAUACUCUAUAAAAAUACGAUUAAGACAUGACUGAAAAAACCUUAAACUCCACAGAAGACACGCUCGUGCGCUACGACAACCCCGUGCUGGUUACUAGACAACCAGAGAAAACUGCUUCCCCCAGAACGGCGGCAGCUGUACAGCCCUGCAUACCCACUGAGGCGAAAAGAGAGACAGAGGAGAUAUUGAACGCAAUACUACCGCCCAAGGAGUGGGAGGAGGAUGGCCAGAUAUGGACUCAAAGGAUAUCGUCGACGCCGGCAACCCGGCUGGACGUGAUGAACCUGCAGGAGAUGUUGGACACGCGUCUCCAGCAGCGGCAGGCGCGGGAGACCGGCAUCUGUCCCGUGCGCCGACAGCUCUACACGCAGUGCUUCGAUGAACUCAUUAGACAGGUAACGAUAAACUGCGGCGAGCGCGGGCUGCUGCUGCUGCGCGUGCGCGACGAGGCGCGGAUCACGAUGGAGGCCUACCAGACGCUCUACUGCAGCUCCAUAGCCUUCGGCAUGAGGAAGGCCCUGCAGUCGGAGCAAGGCAAGUGCGACCUGAUAGAGCAAGUGUCUAAGCUGGAGGCGGAACGAGCUGCCCUGGAGAAGCAGUGCUUGGAGCUGCGGCAGAAAACCGAGCAGCUGGAGCGGCGAGCCGCGGAGCUGCGAGCUGCGGAGGAGAAACGACACCAGGAAGAGUUGUUGGCGCUAAAGAAAACUAAUGCGCAACUCAAGGCACAAUUGGAAGGUAUAAUAGCACCAAAGAAGUAAAAUAAUACGUAAAAUAUACCUACUUUACAAUUAAUAAAUAAAAGUAUACGUG